ACAGACUUAAUCAAUAAUAACGUAAACAACUACACACUAUGUUCUGCCUUACCUGCACCAUACACCAUACUGUAUCUCACAGCACACUGUAUACAUGAGUAAACAAUAGAAAACCUCCCUAAAUUAGGACCUCUCAACACAAAUCUGAGAGGAACGCCAUAACUUUGCACAUGCGAUGUGUGGAUUUCCUCAGGUUUGGAUUCUUAGCGAGCACGCUGCAGUAGAUUUUUACAUUCAUUUGUAUCAACUUCAGGCCUUUCCUAUCUUUGAACAAUAAAAAAAGACAAGAGUAGACUGAGAUUUCAUUGAUAAUGUACAGGUACACCGCUGUUGGAGCGAAACAACCAAUGAUUCUCAGACGAGACAACCAGAAGCUAUUUGUUCUUGAGUAACCAUGACAGAUAAUCCAGUGAUUUAACAGUAGCUUCCAUCAGGAGUGUUGAUGGAGAGAAUGUGGACUUCCUCCUUCUUACCACGCACUCAGUAAAACCAUGGGAGAUGACCAACAUGGUUCUUUACGAGGUGUACCCCAUUAAGUGGGGCUUCCCUUGUCUAACAAGUGCCUGGAGCGCUGUGGAAACACCGUGUAGCUGUCCAUGUGCAGCCUGGGGAACCCCACACCGUAUACUGGGUCUCCAGCAGAGAGGAAGACACGCACACUCACAUCAUCCACAGAAGCAAUGCGCAACACAUGAGGGGAAACCCACAGCAGAGUUGGAUUCCUUAUAUACUUAUCACAUAUUUCGCUCAACUAUAUGCGAAAUCAGAACUAAAAAGAUGUAUACAACGUAGCAUCAACAAAAAAACCUUGGUUCGGACUUCUGGGUUGAAAAGCCCCUAAGGUUCAAGGUCUGAACUGUUAUCAUACACAUUUAGGUUGUUAGGUUUAGAGUAUUUCAUCACCUUUUUUGUCUUUCUUUGCCCGACCACGACCCCGUGGCUACAAAGGGAAAUUGGAUCCUUUUAUAGGGCUCAAUCUAUAGAAAUCUAUCCCUAACCUAGUCAAUGGGGACAAGACCUACAAUCUUGAUCAGAUGAAGCCUGUAUCUACGUUUCCUUUCCAGAUUGAACUGUGUUUGACAUUCUGAUAAUAAAAAAAGGUCAGUAUUAGCCCCAGCAAACUGGCAAAUACAACGGCACACAAUGAGUCAAUUACCCUCAGCCACAGUGCGUUGUUUUUAUGGGUGCAGCGGUAAGUCAAGCCAUCAGCGGGGCGCUCUCAGGGAUUUUCUGCUUCCUGUUGUGGGUGGACCACCAGAGCAUCAGCUCCACGCAGAUCUGGACACGCUCACUUCAUAAACACCUUAUUUUAGGAAUGCCCCGGGCUAAAUAGAAGCAUUUGGUUGGAAAUACUAUAGUCUAAGAGAGGUGUAAUGAACCUGCCUCUCUACUUGCAUCAGGUAAAGACUCAUUAGGCCAGAGAGAGUACUAUGAAAUCUGACAAUGAGCACCACAGUCUGCGCGCUGCAUGCACUGUGGUUGGAAACAUAGUCACCUCGUUAACACCGCAUGAUGCUCCAGCAGCAGAGCCCCGUGUGCCAGGCAACCUACAACCCAGGGAGGAUCUCUUCAGAGUUUCCGACACGUCAUGUUUUUCUCCUCGCCUUGGGCAAGGAAACCGGCAGUUCAUGAGAUAUAUGUUUGUGGUUACUUUAAUAGAGUCCAAUAAAAAGUGUUGUUUUGCAGCUACCACUGAACGCUAGAGCCGGGGUUCCCUGAAAACACACCGCCUGUGUCCACCUGAGAGUGGUUGCACUGAGGAAACACUCUCUCUCUCCUGGAAGUAUUCCAUGAGGAUGCGUAAAAAUCACAGAUUCCCUCGCAUGAAUGUUUCCACUGCGUUAGAGAACAGCAAGAGCCUCUCUGCAGCACACCAGGAACAAGAUGCUGGCCCCGAGCAGCCUUACCGCCAGUCUGUCCCUGUGGAUUAUUUUGCUCUGCAGCUCCGCAGUGGUCUGCAGGAAGUCGCGGGGGGGUCCUGAUGAUGAGGAGCUCUGGUCGGAGAGCGUUUCCAGGGCGACGUGCUCCUCGCGCUGUCUCAGUCUGCACACACCGCUGCAGAAUAAUGGUUCCUUGGGCCGGUGUCAUAAUCAUAAACAGUGCGCUAAGUGUCUGGAGCCCUGCAAAGAUUCCUGGGAGAUGAAGAGGCAAAGUGACUGCAGAGAAAUGUGUGAGCGAGUAUUUCCCAAGAAGCACUGGGAGUGUGUGACCAGCUGUGAAUUCCUUCAGUCUGUGUUGGCCGUGAAGCAGGGCAUGUGCCCCCCUCCAGAGAGAGCCAGCGGCUUCGCAGCUGCCUGCGUGGAGAGUUGUGAUAACGACAGAGAAUGCUCAACUCAGAAGAAAUGCUGCUCCAACGGCUGCGGGCAUACGUGCCAGUCCCCAAAAGACCUCUAUAAGGGCAUUCCUCUGAAGCCGAGGAAGGAGCUGGGCUUUGAGGAGCUCCCCUCCGGCGAGCUGGAGGUCCGUUGGUCCUCCCGCUUCAACAUCUCUGCUGAGCCGGUGGUCUACAUCCUGCAGAGGAGGUGGAACUUUGGCAUCCAGCCCAGCGAGGACACUGCCACUGCCUGGCAGGUGGUUGCACAGACCACAGAGCAGGGCGCGAGGCUCUCUGACACCCGGCCGGGUCGCUGGUAUCAGUUCAGAGUGGCAGCCGUGAACAGCCACGGGACCAGAGGUUUCACCACGCCCAGCAGACACAUCCACUCCAGCAGAGACCCCUCCAGUCCACCGGCUCCCUCUGAACUCAGAGUCUCCAGUAUGAUCUUCGGCAGUGGCAGGACCGUUUUGACCCAGCUCCAGUGGAGCAUGCCCGCUGACCUGGAUGUUCCCGUCCACAGCUACAAGGUCAGCUGGAGCUGGACCGCUGCGGGACAGCCCCCCCCCUUAUUCCUGACCAAGAGGAGGAAGACAGUCAAAGAGGCCCAGGUGGAGCUGGACAGCCUGCGGGCUAAUAGGAGCUACAGUGUGGAGGUCCAGGCUGUUUCCUACUGGGGACAAAAUCAGCUCAAAGGCCCCCGAGCCGUACUCCACUUCAGCACGCGGCGCUCCAAAGGUACAUCCAGACUCCCUGGAGGUGGCAGUCUGGAUGUGGGGAUGCCAUUCUACCAGGAAGGACAGCUCCGGGUUCAUGUGUACUGGCAGAGCAGCACGGAUCCCUAUAUUGAAUCCUACAGAGUCCAGUGGGAACCAGAGUACUGUGGACAGAACCAGACAGGACCUGGAGAGAAGACCAGCACACAGGAGAGCUUUGUCAGCCUGCAGGGUCUUCUCUUCUCCUGUAAGUAUAAAGUCGUCCUGCAGCCAGUCAGCCAGAAGAGCCAGAUUCUGUCAGAGAGCACCAGCUUCUUCACCCCCUCCUGUGCCUCCAUCCAGGCCAAGAGCCCCAAACCCAUCAGCUGUCCCGGAGAUACAGCAGCGUCCCCUCACAGAGUCCUCUUGAAGGCAGCCAACCUCACCGCCUCCUUCGAGCUGCGGGCGGGAAACGUGACGGCCGUCUUCAGCUGGGAGGUGUCGGCAGCUGAGCCCCACCAGCAGCUCACUGGGUACCAGGUCACAUGGGCGGAGGUCAUCCCCCCCACCGGACACAACUACAACCAGCUGCCUCACAGCCUCAUCUCUCAGUCUCAGAUCCUGCCUCCGGACGGUAAUGUUCUGGUGGUGUCGGGUCUGCAUCCGGCCAGUUUGUACCGGCUGGAGGUCCAGACAAUCACAGCAGGGGGUGAAGGGCUCGCAACCAGCAGAACCUUCCAGACCCCCGGAUUGCAAAGCACACGGAGGCACAGACCCAGGCUGAGGAAACAUCACCAGCAACCGCCAAUCAUUGAGAGGCACUGACAGCUGACAGCCGAUCAGCCGGCAAGAACCGAGUACCUGAAACUCAGGAGAAUCCACAGAACACUGAUACGCACGACAAAUGCAGCUUCAGGAGCGAAAUGAAUUCUGCAUCAUAAAUCUCUCCCUGCAGUGUUGGUUUAUUUUAAUUAAAACUAAACCACUGGUAAACUACGAGUAAGACGAGCUCUCGGUGCCAAGUGCUCAGUAAUUAGAAGUAUGUAGGUUUGAUACCCAGCAAUAAUUCCCUGAAGUAUUUGCAUGUUAAAAAACUGAAAUGUAUAGCGUUCCUUCAAUAUAUGUAAAAAAAAUGGUGUCCUGCAACUGAUUCAUUUUGGAGAAUGAAUGACCUUGUACUGUAAAUGUUGUAUAUACUGUCUGUAUUUAUUAAUUGUGGUAUAUUUGUGUGUAUCGACUGUAAGCAUAACACAGCUGUCCUGUAUGUGUGCUCAGUCUUCCUGUACAGAGUUGUUUUAAAACUACAGAUAAAUCCCAUGUCCAUACCGUAUGUGUUCCUUCACUCUUGGGAUGUAUUCUUGAACCUGAACAAUAGAUGGCAGUAUUCCUCCAUACAUCCACUGCUUUCUGUAUCCAUCAGACAUGUGUGCAGGGAAAAAAGCAUCAUGACGAAAGUGGUCUCAGUGGUCAAAGCUUAGUAAAAACACACAAUCAAUCUGUUACACCUCACUGGAUUUUAUCCAACAUUUCUUAAAAAGUAGGCAAACAUUUAAUUCUACUAAAUUGUGUUCAUAAUAAUGUUUAAUGUAUACACACUUAAGUGGUGGUAAGGACAUUGUGUAUCAUUUUGAAAGAGUCUUCAACUUGUGAUCUUAGAAAAUGUUACAUGUUGUUUGGCAUAAGGUGGAUUAUAAU